UGUGCAAUGAGGACAACAGAGUGCUGGUAGGCUGAGGGAUAGUUCUUGCCUCACCGGAAGGCAUGUUGUGUUACCAGACUUCUGAGAGACCGGAAUUGCCAUGCGCACUCAGCUGUUCAGCCUGAUGAACAUCAGCGCAUUAUAACAUGGCUCCUAGCCUCCUUCCUUAAACUUACACAGCUUCUUCUGUAUAGCGACGCUGAGAUUCUUCGUAAUGGUUUCUUCUGAUAUCGAAUUACAGGAGGGCUUGUUAUCUCAUUCGCCUGAUGGUGUCUCUGGAUUGCAUCAGGCUGACGACAUUGCGUAUACUUCCAUAGAGAUUCAAAACCCCCCAGCGGUCUCUGCUAGUCCCUCGCCAUCGCUUGUCCUGCAUUCACCAGCCGUUAACGAUGCGAGUUUGCCAACUGCAAAUGUUCCACCAGCAUCAUCGAGCCACAGCAGCAGUACAGCUCUUGCUCAUACAGGACAGCCAGGAAAGCAAACCCGCAGGUCUAAGCGAAGCGAGAUAUGGGAAUGGAAUAUCGAAUUGCUGGCUUGCGCAAUAUUCGUAGCAUUCCUCAUAGCUUUAGCUGUCACUUUACACAUGCGAAACGGGCGCCCACUACCCAACUGGUCUAUUAACAGCAUACUGUCGUUCUACACAGUGGUUUUCAAAGGCGCACUCGUGUUCGUCAUUGGAGCUGCCAUGAGCCAGAACCAGUGGCGGUGGUUUCGCAACGAACAAUCCCUUCACGACAUCGCAAAAUGGGACUCAGCUGCUCGAGACCCGGUGGGAGCUGCUUAUUGGCUUUUUCACAAAGGUGUUGCCGAGCCAGUGACUGCGCUCGGGGCCAUAAUCCUUAUCGCGGCUGUGUUGGUUGAUCCUUUCGUUCAGCAGUUGGUUCAGUACGAAAACUGCUCUACGAAUGCUACGCAAUCUGCCUUGAUGCCUCGAACCAAUCUGUACACCCCGCGCUGCAUGCACUCAGGGCCUUUGAGCUGUGUGCCACUCCCACCUGAACUCUCAACUUGGACUGGUGGUAUGUACUCCCCGCCAGAUGCCGUUGUGCCAGUGUGUUCCUCGGGCAAUUGCACCUUCGACGCGGAAUACUCGACAAUCGGCUUCUGUAGUCGGUGUGAAGACCUAUCCCAGGACUUGAAAAAGAGGACAUCACCCAGUCAUCUGGAACACUGUAAAGAGAAUACCACGCUCAGUUUGCAAAGUGGAUUGUCAUUACGUCCAUAUUGCUAUGAUACCCAGGGCUCAGAAACAGGUGGUCAACCACUCCUCGCCGCGGGCCACGUCUCAAAACCAACAAAACCAGAUCUCCCAUAUGAGAUUAUUGCCAAAGCUGGCAGUUGUAUAAGUCGAGAUUAUGGUCCUGGUAUAGGCAUCACCCCGUGUCGUGACAGUUGUGGUAACGCAACUCAUCCGGCCGAGCCCUGGAGAUGUCGAGGAUAUGGAGCUGCUGCUUGUACCAUUGGUCCCUGCAUCAAGACUUACAACGCCAACAUGACCAACGGAGUGCUGAAAGAGACUCUCAUUCACCAGACAGGCCCUGGUGAGCAUUGGGAUGCGAAUACCAAUCCCCGUCUACGAGCUCUAGUCGACUUGCAAUGCGGAUCCCAAGCCCAGAAGGACUGGGUCCGGAAUAGUGGAUUAGCUGUUGGUGAUGAUGCUCGGUGGCGCGGUUUGAAUGUGUCAAUGGUAGUACUAGAUGCGCUAGAUAGUCCGAUUGGCUAUUGCCCGACAGAUGAUACCAAAGACGAGGCUUGUCUCCCGGUCCUCGACUUGCUCAAGAGUGGAUGCGUAUAUGCAUACGACCAAACUUUUAUGACCGCCUUCCAGAGCAGUGUUCUAUCUGACUUAACUGGACGAACCAAUGGAUUUCUUGACGCCCCAACAACAAUUUCAAGCUACAACGGGCCUCAGAUCCUGCAGCACGUUUACAAUUUUGGAAACCUGGAAUUUGAGAGGAUUGAUGCCAUCUUUCAUAACGCGUCGACGGCUUUUACCAAUCACAUCCGGAAAACAGGCAACGAGAACUUCAGUGCUCCUGCUGUUGGACUUGUCUCCGAAUAUGCCGUCUGUGUUCAGAUCGAAUGGUUAUGGCUCCUGAUGCCCGGCUUUCUAGCGGUUCUCACUAUCAUUCUCCUUCUCAUCUGUGCACUCUUGACGUGGUUGGAUGGGGCGCCAGUAUGGAAGUCUUCUCCUUUGGCAUUCAUGUUGCAUUGUGGGAUAGGAAGCAGCAGAGCCGGAACUGCUCCGUCAUCACAGCAAUCUGGAACGUCUCCAGUUCCACAGCAGACCGUGUCGGCCCCAAAUUCGCAACAAGCGGGAUCAACGUCUUCAACACAGCAGCCUGGGCCAACAACACAAUCUUUGCCGAACAGGAACAACGACAUGAAAAGAUGGGCAAGAACGAUUCUGGUGCAGAUGGACUACUCAGAGACUUCGAUUCGACUGCUGCAGACCAAUGCCAUACCUCUUCCAUCUCAUUGGUGGCAUCGAAAACCGAAGUCGUAGUAACAUGGUAUGUUAUAUCACUCUAGGCCCUCAGUAACAAUGCGUAGAAUGUUAGGAAAUGGAGUCUGUAAUGGCGAUCGGUACGGGAUGGGUGGCGACCACAUUGAUAGGCGCCCGCAUAGCUGACUCGUCAAGUGGGAAAGCAGUAAUAUCAAUAGCUACCAAGCUGCUUUAAUUUCUCUCACACGAGUGAGUAGCAAGAAACCCCUGGGGGAUGGGGGUCCCAUUUUCGGACUCUCGAGCCAGGGCAGGGUGAUUACCGGGACAUGCGUCUAACAAACUUCGUAGAAAUAGGUGGUUUCAAAUAUUGGAGGAAAGUAUCAUACAAGAUCUGAAAGGUAGAACUGAGGAAUCAAAUUAUAGGUUGCGUAAGUAGUUGAAUAAUACUGCUCUGGGUCAGAGAUGAGAGCACGCUGCAGGACUGUCAUUGAAGCUCAGGGAGGUCAUACUAAACGGUGAAUGGUUGCUUUAGUAAUCUGUAUAAAAAUCAAG